UCGCUAAAUUGAAGUAGUAGAUUCUAUUAUUAACGUCUCUUCGAGCUCCAGCAUCUCCAGAAUCCAGUCGUCGUCGUCGUCUUCCUAGUUUCGCUUCCAACUCACUGGCCUAUUAUUUCAGUUUCAAAAACAAUCCAUUGAAAGAGAGAGGUUAGUCAUGAGCACAACGCAAGGGACGCACUCGCUGGCCUUUCGGGUGAUGAGGCUAUGCAGGCCUUCAUUCCAAGUGGAACCCCCACUUCUUGUAGAUCCCGCCGAUCUUAUCGUCGGCGAGGACAUAUUCGAUGAUCCAAUUGCCGCUUCACGGCUUCCUCCUCUAAUCGACUCCCAUGUCACCAAGCUCACCGACACAUCUGAUCUCACCUAUCGCACUAGAUUCCUCCUCCAACACCCCUUUGAUUCAUUUGGGCUCACUGGUCUCCUCGUCCUCCCUCAAGCUUUUGGGGCUAUAUAUUUGGGGGAGACCUUUUGCAGCUAUAUAAGCAUCAAUAACAGUUCCAAUUUUGAAGUUAGGGAUGUUACAAUUAAGGCAGAAAUUCAAACGGAGCGGCAGAGGAUCCUCCUAUUGGACACAUCAAAAACUCCUGUUGAGUCCAUACGAGCUGGAGGGCGUUAUGAUUUCAUUGUGGAACAUGAUGUGAAGGAACUUGGAGCACACACGUUGGUCUGCACUGCACUCUACAGUGAUGGUGAUAGUGUCAGUGAACGUAAAUAUCUUCCACAGUUCUUCAAGUUCAUUGUUGCCAAUCCCCUUUCUGUUAGAACAAAGGUCCGUGUUGUCAAGGAAACUACAUAUUUAGAGGCAUGCAUUGAAAAUCAUACAAAAACAAACCUUUACAUGGACCAAGUUGAGUUUGAGCCAGCACAGCACUGGAGUGCCAAAGUACUAAAGGCUGAUGAACACCUAUCUGAGAAAGAUUCUCUAACCAGGGAAAUAUUCAAGCCUCCUGUGCUGAUUAGAUCUGGUGGAGGAAUUCACAACUAUCUUUAUCAAUUAACAUUGUCUUCAAAUAGUUCUGUACAGAGUAACAUUCUUGGUAAGCUUCAAAUAACAUGGCGUACAAACUUAGGUGAACCUGGUCGCCUGCAGACACAGCAAAUUCUUGGCACUCCUGUCACGCAUAAAGAGAUCGAGUUGUGCGUUAUGGAGGUUCCAUCUGUCAUCAACUUGGACAAGCCAUUUUCGGUGCAUUUGAACCUCAAAAACCAUACUGACAGAGAAUUGGGCCCCUUUGAGGUUUGGUUAUCACAAAAUGAUUCACUUGAUGGGAAGGCUGUUAUGAUAAAUGGCCUUCAGACAAUGGAACUACCACAGUUGGCGGCAUUUGGAGCCACUGAUUUCCGCCUGAACUUGAUAGCUACUAAAAUUGGAGUACAGAAAAUAACAGGUAUUACGGUGUUUGACAAAUCAGAGAAGAAAACCCAUGACCCAUUGCCUGAUUUAGAGAUUUUUGUGGACGUGGAUUGAUACAGAACAGUUUGGCUCAGGACUUCUCAUUCCAUCUUGGAAAAUUGGUUGAUACUCGUUCCUCUACUUUUUAUUUGUUUUUCCUGGAACUCUUCUUAGAUCUUCUGAUCCAAGUGAAUUAAAAAGGAUAUUGGACUGAUUUGGAUAAAUUAUAAUUAAUUUUUGUUUCUAUUUAGGGAGUAGGAUCUCCAUUGUCAUAUUUAUACAUUCAUUGCAUCCAUUAGAACUACUGGAAAUCAAAUUCUAUAUCUACAAUGCAGGAUUCUCUUGUUCAUUGAGUGAGACACCAAGAUAAACACCGAGUUAUCAAGUCCUAACAAAGAAAAUACAAACAAAGCACUGAAAAUAAAUUUUAAAAAGAAAAAAAAAA